GUUGAGACACUAGUUUUAUGAUAUAUACAGAUAUAACAGACAUGUGGCCAAAACUAACAGAUUCCUAUGCAGCAAGAGCCUCGUCGACAGCGAAAAUAUCAAGUUUUCUGACCUUUUGGAUGCUAAUAUACAUUGGUGCUAUUCUGGGUAUUGUAACUUACUUCAAAUACAGCUCAUCGAGACGAACUUAUAACGAGCAAACGGUUCGAACCAAUGAAGAAACAUUGAGGGAUUAUUUAAACAACGAAAUUACGUGGCAUAAUGAUAUGGACACGUCAUUAAUUCAACAUGAUAUCAAAGAAAUUAAUAAACAAGGGAGCUUCAAUAUAAACGAGGACGCACUUAUUUUCUUUCAUAUACCAAAAACAGGAGGUACCAUAUUUGGCUGGAACUUGGUUAAAUCAUUGCAGCUGAUAAUCCCGUGUGAAUGUGAUGUUCAGAAGGAAUGGGGCUGUUGUAAAUGUAAAAAUAAAAAUGGUGAAAAUUGGAUGUUCUCACCUGUUACACAUGCAUGGCCAUGUGGAGUUCAUCCACAGUGGUUAGACCAUGCUUCAUGCAUGAAAGACAUUGUCAAGAAAGAGACGGGGGUUCCCAAGACUCUUUAUCAUAUAACGAUGCUGAGGGAUCCCAUUGACAGAUAUAUCAGUGAAUGGAGAAUGCAGAGGAUGUGCACGCAUGAUUGGUUGAAUGGAACAACAGUAGACCCAAUAACGUUAGAUGAAUUUAUUAGGUGUCCUGAUAGUUCAGCUAUAAACCGUCAAACCAGAAUGUUAGCUGAUAUUGACCAAUCACUUGUAAAGGAAAUGGAUGAUGCGUACAUACUGGAAAGAGCAAAAGACACUCUGAACAAAAUGGCGUUCUUUGGCAUUUUAGAAUAUCAACUAUACACUCAAAUAUUAUUUGAAAAUACAUUUAGAAUAAAAUUCAAACACUCUUUAGUACAACUGGAUGCAUACCAAAUGAAUUUAUUACCUCAACAGGAAGACGAAAUCAUUAAACAAAACAGUUUAGAUAUUGAGCUAUAUCAAUAUGCUAAAGAUCUCAUGUUUAGAAAAGUAUUUGCAUCAUUUGGAGUAGAGGGACCAUUGUACAAAGAUGAAGAUCUAGAUCAUCUAAAAAUGUUGAUACACAACAAAAAGUGAUCACGCACUACACUGUAUAUAAAUAUAAAUAUGUAUAGUACAAAUUUCAGCGAUGACAGUCUGUCUGUUUGAUGAUCACAGCAGACAUAAAUAUACUAAAUGUGAAUGUGUGUUAAAAUAUUUUUCAUUAUGAAAAUACAUCAGUCUAAUUGUAGCAGUCUGUCGAGUUCUAAACGUUUAAUGAUCUCUGGCCCAUAUGCUAUAUUGUACGCAGAAGUCAUCAAUGUUGACUCUGCCAAGAUAAUCUUUCUCCAUAACUUCCAUUAUAUUAAGUGCUGCUUCAACAUCAAAGGUGAACGAUGGAAAGAUGUCUAGAUGAGCCCCA